GUAAAGGUUUCAUGGGUGGUUCUUGGUUUCAAGAUGAGCCAUGCUCAGAGCAGGUAGAAAAGCCUGCAAGGGCUGUAGUAAAUGGGGAUUUGUGCAGCUAAACUGAGGAAUCAGGAUGGUUUGGGACUGGAGGGACUCUUAAAGGUGAAGAGGGAGUCAGGCCUGCUACCAGCAGAGUGAAAUGCUCCCAGUUUGCUCCCCCUUUACAUCAGAUGGACCAACCUUUGUGCCAGGCCCCAGAAAUCGCUCACACACCCCAGGAUGAGUUCCCAGGGAAAUGCUGGGGAGGGAGCCAGAGAAACAAAAGGGACUUGAUGGAGUUAAAGCAAGAACACCAAUCUGGAAAUCCUGAGCUGCUCCAGACCCCAGCCCUGUGUCACACCUUGAGCUGCAGCCCCCACAAUCAGGGAUAUUUUGCCCGGAUUUUGCUUCGCGCUGCGCUCGGGUUUCCAGGCUAAACCCUCCCGUGAACUGCUGAUGGCAGAGUUUUCCAGAGAACCUGGCAAGAAGCAGCGUGAACGUGCUGAUGUGAAUUUGGACGUUAAUCUUCUGUAAAUCGAGUGGCCCGUGGCCGAGGGACAGCCGGGAGAAAUCCGAAUGACGUUUCCAUAGCUCGCUGCGCGCCCGCGCUAUUGAGAUGAAAUCUCAUGGAUGGAAUUCCGUGGACGCAGCUGCUGUAUCAGCGCUCGGGGAAUUCUGCUGUUCUGUUCAGAAGCAACCCAUAAAUAGCGGGGCCGCCCGCGCCGCCCGGCACAGCAGAACCACACGGAGAGGCACAAUGACCGAGCAGCAAAGUCCCCCCGAGCAGAUGGCGACUGGGGAGGGUGCUGGCGAGCGAGGUGGCAACUACAAGAUCACCAUCUACGAGCUGGAGAAUUUCCAGGGGAAAAGGUGUGAGCUGACAGAGGAGCUCCCCAACAUCACCGAGAAGGAGAUGGAGAAGGUGGGCUCCAUCCAGGUGGAGUCUGGCCCGUGGCUGGGCUUCGAGCGCCAGGGCUACGCUGGGGAGCAGUUUGUGCUGGAGAAGGGCGACUACCCCCGCUGGGACUCCUGGUCCAACAGCCACAGCAGCGACAGCCUGAUGUCCAUCCGGCCCCUCCAGAUUGACAGCGCUGACCACAAGAUCCACCUGUUUGAGAACGCGGGGUACACCGGGAGGAAGAUGGAGAUCGUGGAUGACGACGUCCCCAGCCUCUGGGCCCACGGCUUCCAGGACCGUGUGGCCAGUGUCAAGGCUCUGAACGGAACGUGGGUGGGCUACGAGUACCCCGGGUACCGGGGCCGCCAGCACGUCUUCGAGAAGGGCGAGUACCGGCACUGGAACGAGUGGGACGCCAACCAGCCCCUGAUCCAGUCCGUGCGCCGCGUGCGGGACCAGCAGUGGCACCAGCGGGGCUGCUUCGAGAACAACAAAGGCUGCGGCGGAUCAGCUGACCCUGGUUUUCAUUGGGGUUUAAUCCAGCAUUCUCGCUUUGAAUCAGGCUUUAACUAUUUUGUAAAUAGUUUUGGCACCUCUCUGCUGCAGCUCGGUAUAAAUUCCACCUCCCGGCCCCAGCCCGUCACUGGCUCAAGCGGGUACUGGUAUAACUGGCAGCAGACGACCCAGCUGAUGAUGGCUUCCGAGCACCAAAUGCCAGCCUCCAAGCAGCAGCAAGCCAGCUCCAAGAUUGCCAUCUUCGAGCAGGAGAACUUCCAGGGCCGCUGCCAUGAGCUCAGCGGGGCCUGCCCCAACCUGAAGGAAGCCGGCGUGGACAAAGUGGGCUCCAUCCUGGUGCACUCCGGACCCUGGGUGGGCUACGAGCAGGCAAGCUGCAAAGGGGAGCAGUUUGUGUUUGAGAAGGGGGAGUACCCCCGCUGGGACUCCUGGACCAACAGCCGGAGAAGCGACAGCAUCACUUCCCUGAGACCCAUCAAAGUGGUGAGAGCACCCAGACAGCCACUACCCACCCGCCAGACCAAGGACAGCCAGGAGCACAAGAUCGUGCUGUACGAAAACCCCAGCUUCACCGGCAAGAAGAUCGAAAUCAUAGACGACGAUGUGCCCAGCUUCCACGCACACGGCUACCAGGAGAAGGUCUCAUCCGUGCGGGUGCAGAGCGGCACGUGGGUGGGCUACCAGUACCCUGGCUACCGGGGCUACCAGUACCUGUUUGAAAAGGGGGACUACAAGGACAGCUCAGACUUCGGCGCUCAGCACCCCCAGAUCCAGUCGGUCAGGCGCAUCCGGGACAUGCAGUGGCACCAGCGCGGUGCCUACCACCCCACCAACUAAAGCCCCCGGCCCGUGCCGGGGCGCGGGGAGCGGAGCAAGCGUUCCCCCGGCCGCCGCUGUGCCCCCGCGGCCUCGCCUCCCGCCUCCCCCCGUGUGAUGCACGCGCUGCCGAAGCAACUCAAUAAAGCUUGGAGUUUCAAAGUCCCA